GCCCACCUCCACCCCACGCCUCUGUUCUACUGUAGGGCUGCCACUUGACUAUAAAGCCCACAUCUCCAGAGGAACACAUAACACUAUCAAUCUCUUUUUUAACAGGGAAAAUGUUUUGGACUAUACUUUUAAUGGUCAGUGGUCUGCUCGCUCUCAUCAUGCUUUACUCUUCCCGCACAAGAAAGAAAAAUGAGCCACCAUUAGUCAAAGGCUUUAUUCCAUGGCUGGGUCAUGCCCUGGAGUUUGGAAAAGAUGCUGCAAAGUUCCUAACACGGAUGAAACAAAAACAUGGUGACAUUUUUACGGUGCGCGUUUGUGGUCAUUACAUCACCGUACUGCUGGACCCUAACUCCUAUGACGCAGUCCUCGAUGACACAGCCUCUCUGGACUUCAGUCGCUAUGCCCAGGUCCUGAAGCAGAGGAUCUUCAACCUGAGACUACCCAAUCACAACCCAGACACAGAGAGGGCCUGGAUGGAACAGCACUUCCAGGGCCCCAGCCUGGCCAGACUAAGCAGCAGCAUGCACCUCCACCUCCAGACCCUGCUAAGAGAAGAGGAGAGGAGCUGUAGCCCAGCAGAGUGGAGGCAGGACGGACUUUUCAGCCUCUGUUACAGCCUGCUCUUCAGGGCUGGGUAUCUCACACUCUUUGGUACAGAGAAAAGCAACAACGUCACUGAACUCACUGCUGUCUACAAAGAGUUCCGCAAGUUCGAUGGUCUUCUCACAAAACUGGCUCGUUCAACCCUUAAGCAAGAGGAGAAGAGGACAGCAAGCCUGUCCCAGGAGCGACUGUGGGAGCUGCUGUCCCCAGCCUGGCUGAGCAGAGGAAAGGGGUCAGAGAGCAUAGAUCAUGGGUCAGACAGCAGCUCCUGGCAGCAGAGUUACCUCAGGCAUCUACAGAGGGAAGGAGUGGACACAGAGAUGCAGAGACGAGCCAUGCUGCUUCAGCUCUGGGCCACCCAGGGUAACGCUGGGCCUGCUGCCUUCUGGCUGCUGGGCUUCCUGCUCACCAACCCUGAGGCCAUGAGAGCAGUGAAGAAGGAGCUCAGAGGCCUGGCUCUGCAGGAGGACGGCUCCCUACAGCACCACCUUCUGGACACACUGGAGCACCACAGCACACCUGUUUUUGACAGUGUUCUGAGCGAGACCCUGCGUCUGACUGCUGCUGCCCUCAUCAACAGAGAGGUGAUCCAGAACACGACCCUUCGUCUGGCCAGUGGACAGGAGUACCACCUCAGACAGGGGGACAGGGUGUGUCUGUUCCCCUUCCUCAGCCCGCAGAUGGACCCUCAGAUACACCACGACCCACAGACAUUUCAAUAUGACCGCUUCCUAAACGCAGACGGGACAGAGAAGAAGAAGUUCUAUAAGGAUGGGGAGAGACUGAAAUAUUACACCAUGCCAUGGGGUGCAGACAAGAACAUGUGUGUUGGGAGACACUUUGCAGUCAGUGGCAUCAAACAGUUUGCGUUCAUGGUCCUCUCCCGGCUGGACCUGGAGCUGUGUGACCCGACUGCCACCGUUCCUCCGGUCAACCCUAGUCGAUAUGGUUUCGGGAUGCUCCAGCCUGACGGAGACCUGGAGGUCCACUACAGACUCAAGACUCUGCACUAGGUCAUGACCCCUGACCCCACACACCAUCCUGAUUUUAGAUUUAAAAGACUCCAAAAAACUGUCAAUUAUUUCAGGUCCAGUACCAUCGUUGGGCCGCGGGUGUAAAGGAUUCAGCAGACUGCUGGCAUUACACAGCUGGAUAAAAGACUACUGUAGCUCUGCUGGAGUCACUUAUAUUGAUAACUUUGACACCUUCUGGAAACAGAAGAUACUCUAUAGGAAUGAUGGAAACCAUCCAAAUCAUCUUGGCUCAUGGACUCUGUCCACGCAUUUCAAGGCUGUGUUGAAACAAUGACUUUUCCUACCGUUAUGACAAUGAGUCGUCAUAAUGCAGCAUCAAAUGUACAUGAUCCUAGGGGCAUUGGCAAACACAAUGUAAGUAAUUUAAUUGAUGUACCCCUAAUUGCACCGAAUACUUAUGUUUAUCCUACAGCUGUUGCAUGCAGUAAUCAUGUGCCUACAAACCAGUUACACUGUUAUCACUGAGGCGGUGUCCCCUAGAAGGAAGACCACUUUGUGCAGCUCACCCUGCACCAUCAGCUACAAUGUAAAUAACAUGAGUAAGUCUACUUCUGAUAAGCUUCUCAAUAAAGCAUUACAAACAAUCAAGCGACCCAGAAAAUUGCUAAAAAAAAGCCCAUAUUAACAUAUGUAGCCUAAGAAACAAGGUCCAUGAAGUGAUCUUGCUUGUAACAGAUGACAUUCAUAUUCUGACUAUCUCUGAAACUCACUUAGACCUUUGAUGAUACAGUGGUAGCACUACAUGGUUACAACAUCUACCAAAAAUACAGAAAUGCCAACGGAGGCAGUGUUGCCGUGUCUAUAUUCAGAACCACAUUCCUGUAAAGCUUAGACAUGAUCUAAUGUUAAAUACUGUUGAAGUAAUAUGGCUACAGGAUAAUUUCCCUCACCUAAAUCCCAUUCUUGUGGGAAGCUGCUAUAGAUCACCAAGUAAUAACUGUCAGUAUCUGGUUAAUAUGUGUGAAAUGCUUGAUAAUGUAUGUGAUAUGAAUAGGGAGGUAUAUUUUGUUGGGUGAUUUAAAUAUUGAAUGGCUAUCAUCAAGCUGCUCACUCAAUAAAAACGUCAAACUGUAACCAGUGUCUGCAACCUGGUUCAGAUUGUCAGUCAACCUACCA